CCGUUUGUCUGUAACCAGGAAGUUGCUGUUUUCAGCUAGUUUCACAUGUUCACAGCUACUUUCGGCUGAAGCAAAAAUGAAUUCAGAGAAUGGAGCGGAGUUUGAUGCAAUUUCUGUCCACAAUUUUACGGAAAAGAUUUUGGAGCAGGUUGUACACUUCCACGUGAUGAAGUUCAGCGGCGGGUUUUUCCUCUGGGUCGGUUCUGCUCCGGUUCUGUCCAACCUGGCGGUCUCUAUGAGCAGCAAAUAUGAUUCAAUGCCAUUGUCUACGUUAGUGUUGGGGGACCCAUCCAACACAGCUCCAAAUUCUUUGGCACAGAGAUUGGCAAAGAAGACAAAAAAGCAAGUGUUUGUGAGUUACAGUAUUCCAGUAACGGACUCCAAUCACAGUCUUUUGGUGGAGAACAGGAUCAAAAAGGAGCUGGAGCUUCAUCCUGAGCACUUCUGAACACAUCCUACCCAUGUGAUGUGUAGACGUAGGACAGUGUACAGUAGCAGCUCCUUCUUCUGUUCCUUGCACUUGGAAUUGCAGCUGAACAAUUAUGGGGGAAAUAUGUAAUUGCGUUUUGUCUAACAGAAGUUGAAAUUCCCAUUCGUAUUAUUAUGUUUCAAAGUUCUGCUUUUAGUUCUUUGUGUAAUACGUGUACAAGAUGUGGAGGAGCAUUUCCACAACAUACCAUCAAAAGUUUGUGAAACAACUAACACAGCAGAACCCUGGGUCAAAUACACUGCGAAAUAUAUGAGCUGUGGCUAUUAAAUAACUGGACUGAGCUUAUGUCAGUUGAACUACAGUCUGCAUGAAUGAACCACUUAGUAUUAACUGAUCAGUGAGCAAGCAUAAACAAGCCCUGACAGUUUCAAUCUGCUCUUAUUACAGCAUUCCUUCCAGUAAUUUAAUAGCCACACUUCAUAAGUCAUAAAUUGCCGCCUCUGCAAUUUGCUAAUUGCAUUGUUUCAAAUUGUGAUUUCAAUUUGAAAUCCAUUAAUUGCUCAGCCCUGUUUCCAACACAGUAAUCCCACUCCAACACAAUAACCAAUACAAACAAGUCACAUCAAGUGUUCUUUUAUUGACAUAAUAAAUUAAGUGGUUUAUUAUCAAAACAUGUAGGCCUAUGGCUUUUUGUACAAAUGCAUCAUAUUAAAAAAAUAACACUUAGAAAACAGCA